AAAGCCUUCUCCGCUCUCGCGAAGCAGAGCUCCGGAGCUCCCCGAUCAACAUAUAUAAGCCGACGAGGCGACGCCCGGGAGAGGUCACGCGAGCGCGACUGGAGACAGUUCGGCGGCAGCGAGCGAGAUGACGGACGGCCACCACUUCAACAACAUCUCCCUCGGUGGCCGCGGCGGCUUCAACCCUGGAAGUUUAAACUUUGUUCAGGAGGAUUUGCGUGGAAGAAGCAAGGUGGAGGAAAGAUUAUCGAGGUUGAUAAAGCUGAUAUCACUUCAGUAGCAUGGAUGAGGAUCCCUAAAUCUUAUCAGCUUAAUGUUGGGACGAAGGAGGGCCUAUUUUACAGGUUCUUUGGCUUUCGUCAACAGGAUGUUAGCAACCUGAGUAACUUUAUACAAAGAAGCACGGGAAUCUCACCACAGGAGAAGCAGCUUUCCAUUAGUGGGCAUAACUGGGGUGGAGUUAAAAUCGAUGGUCAGCCAAACUUUCUAUUGUAUUUAAAUGUUUCCUAUACUCCAUUGCCUUCUUAUAACCUCUGGUUUUAUUCCUUUUCCUAUUUUCUUUCCAUUUCAGGAACUAGGCUUUGCUUUAAUGUUGGUGAGAAGGAAGCAUUUGAAGUCUCUCUAGCAGAUGUAUCGCAGGCUCAGAUGCAAGGGAAAACAGAUGUUGUUCUCGAGUUCCAUAUAGAUGAUACUACUGCAGCUAAUGAGAAGGAUUUGCUGACGGACUUAAGUUUUCAUGUACCAACUUCAAAUGCUCAAUUUAUCGGGGAUGAGCAUCGUACUUCAGCUCAGAUGUUGUGCCAGGAGAUUUUGCAUAGAGCUGACAAAGGGAGCCCCUCAGAAGCGGCUGUAGUUACAUUUGAAGGAAUCGCAAUCCUCACACCAAGAGGUCGAUACAGUGUUGAGCUUCAUCAGUCAUUCUUGCGACUCCAAAGACAAGCUAAUGAUUUCAAAAUCCAGUAUAGCAGUAUUCUUCGCCUCUUUAUUUUAGCAAAGUCACAAAACCCUCAUACUUUUGUGGUUAUCGCACUUGAUCCACCAAUUCGAAAAGGACAAACAUUGUAUCCCCACAUUGUUAUUCAGUUUGUGACAGAGGCAAUGGUAGAAAGGGAGCUGGCAUUGAGUGAGCAAGUUUUGGCUGAAAAGUACAAAGAUAGGCUUCAGGGCUCUUACAGGGGUCAAAUACAUGCGGUAUUCUCCAACGUCCUUUGUGGCCUCUCUGGUGCUAAAGUGACUGGGCCAAGUACGUCCUGCAGUUGCCAACAUGGGUAUGCGGUCAAAUUAACACUUAAAGCUCAAGAUGGUUUGCUUUAUCCACUUGAAAAGUCCUUCUUCUUUCUGCCAAAGUCCCCAACACUCAUUCUUUAUGAGGAGAUUGAGUAUGUAUUGUUUGAGCGUCAUGGUGCUGGUGGUGUUAAUAUAUCAUCUCAAUAUUUUGACGUCUUGGUCAAGCUAAAAAAUGAUCAUCUCUUCAGUAACAUCCAAAGGAUUGAAUGCCAAAACCUGUUCAGCUUCAUUAGUGACAAGCAUUUGAAAAUUCUGAAUCUUGGAGAUGGUCAAAGAAUAACUGGUGGUGUUACAUCUGUUCUAGAGAGCACCGAUGACGAUUCUAUGGAUCCACAUCUGGAGCGAAUUAAAAAUCAAGCUUGUAAUGAGGAAAGUGAUCAAGAUGUAUUACCUCUGUUUAAUGGAUAAUAGGAUACUAACUCCGUUCCAAAUUGUAUGUCGUUUUGGCAAAUCUAGAUAUAUGAUUUUUGCUAUGUAUCUAGACAUAGUGUUUAUCUAGGUGCAUAACAAAAAUUAUGUAUCUAGAUUUGCCAAAAAGACCUACAAUUUGGAACGGAUGAAGUACUAUAGAUUAACUUAAGUCAAUUGCAUGUAUAUUUUUGUGUAACCUCUCUUCAAAACUAGGAUGAAGAUUUUGUGGCGGACAAAGAUGAUAGUGGGUCUCCUAGUGAUGAUUCUGAAGAGGAAGACUCUGAUGCUAGUAUGAGCGGAGAUGAAAAGGAGAAUUCUUCCUAGAUGAAAGCUAGUAUCUCAAAGCCGCAUGUGAAAAGGAAGCUGAAUAGUGGGUCUGAUGAAGGUUCUCAGAAUAAAAAACCAAAGAGAAAGAAAGAGCAGAAGAGUGGGUCCGAUGAAGGUUCUCAAAAGAAAAAGCCAAAGAGGAAGAAAGAUCCGAAUGCCCCUAGAAGAGCCAUGGCUCCAUUCACGUACUUCUCGAAGGCUGAGCGAGCUAAUAUAAAGAACAGCAACCCUGAACUGACUACCACAGAGAUCGCAAAGAAGCUCGGGGAGAGAUGGCAAAAGAUGACAGCCGAGGAGAGACAGCCAGCCAUACGUGGAGCAAUCCCGAGCCGACAAGCAACGUUACGAGCAGGAGUCUGCCGCCUACCGUGGCGCAGGAGCUCAGCAGGGCCCCGGCGGCGGGUCGGGAGGAAGGCUGUAGGUUUUGACAGUUGAUAGAAGGAACUGGGAUUGUUGAGCGAUCAGUGUAAAUAG